AUGGAAUGCUUUAUCUUACUGGGUUCGUUGCUAGCACUCUAUGCUGUCCUAUACUUAGGUUUUAAGACUUUCAUUGGAUUUGACUAACCUCCUGGGGGAAGCAGAGGGAAAGGCAAAAAAUAGGAUAAUGUAGACAAGUAUGCCAAUGCAACCUAUGAGGAGCUUCUUGAAUUUCCAGAAAGAAAAUUAGGCUUGCCUUUGAUCUCGCUUGAAGAGCUAUCCAAAUACAAGGGAUCAAACUCUAAACUUUAUAUGUCUGUCAAAUCUGUUGUUUAUGAUGUAAGUUAGAAUGAGGUAUACAAGUAAAAGGGAGGUUAUCAUGUCUUUACUGGGAAAGAUUCUUCAGUUGCACUCUCUAAAAUGGAUUUUAAAGAUGAAUUUUUCGAUAGAUCAAAGCUUCACUGGAGAAAAGACUUGAAAAGGGAAGAAUUAAAAGUACUUUAGGAUUGGGUUGACUUUUAUGAGGAAAGAUAUCCAAUAGUAGGUUAUUUGAAGGAAGAUAUUGAAAUGCAAGAAUAGAAAAAAGACCUUUGA